UGGGUCUAGACCCAGGAUUGUCAUGCAGACACGACAAGAUUAGAGAAUGUAGUGGGUGAUCCGAGCCCAGUCGAUCCAGGUCUGCCUUGCGUCGGCGACCCUCCGGAACUGAUCUCCGCGUUCCAUUUUCCAGGAGAACAGUAGCUUCAGUUGGGGAUGGUGGUCGUCCCACAAGCAGCGACAGCAUCACCACUCCUAGAGAAAACACAUCCAGUUUCUCGUCGUAUGCUGUUCCUACUUGUAGGCUCUCUGGCGGCAUAAAAUAAGGCGUACCGGGGCAGGGGUCAAAGCCGUGACGUCCGCACCUUGACUACCAUGAAGAGUGCGGGCCAAACCAACAUCAGCUAUCUUGGCUCGCCCUGCCGUGACCAAGAUGUUACGUGGUUUCAAAUCGCGGUGCAAAAUGUUCUUGCCGUGUAGAAUGCGCAAGCCUUCUGCCACGUCGACUAAAUACUGAAGGCUUUGAGCGAAUGGCUCUCUUGGCUCAACUCCAAUUCGAUCAAAUAGCGAGCCGGCUAUCAGUUCUACCACUAUACACGGAGAUUGAUUGGGAGCAAUGCCGAUCCCGAGGAGUCGCACAAUUCUUUCAUGGUGCAGUCGGCGCAUGACUAGGCACGCAGUGCCGAAUCGCUGCAAAAGAGCUGUACGCCCGACAUUGCCCUGUUGGAGUAAAAUACUAUGUAAGACCUUCACAGCAACAAGGAGACCCUCCAACUCACUUGUAUAGACCGUGGCAUCCAAACCACGGCCUAUCUCGGGUUUGUUCAGGUCAACUUGGACGAAUCCAAGCCAAAUCGAGUCUGGGACACCAAGUCUCUCUUGGAGCUGAGUCUCAAAGUUGAACCUUGCCAUUGCACUAAUAUAGUAGUGUAACACACAAUCGUCUUGCUCUCGCAACUGAGUGUUUGAUUGUGUCUGCGAGUGUUCAGCACCUUGUUAUGGCGUUAGACGUACACUGCAUUGAGUGUGUGUGUGUGUGUGUGUGUGUGUGUGUGUGUGUGUGUGUGUGUGUGUGUGUGUGUGUGUGUGUGUGUGUGUGUGUGUGUGUGUGUGUGUGUGUGUGUGUGUGUGUGUGUGUGUGUGUGUGUAGUCUGUAGACUACAGUACAGACUUGUAGUGUAGUCCAGUUCCGCACUGGGUACCGUAUGCAUUCCCGUUCUCACCUCCCUGUUUGCAGUCUAGUAGUAGUAGUACAAAUACAAUGACAUGUCAUGGACCUACAAGUACAGACAUGAAGAGCUCUCUCUCUCUCUCUCUCGCCUCAACACUAGGUGGUGAACGUUUUGAUCGCAAUCGGCCACCACUGCACCAGUACCACAAACGGCGCAGCCGCAUGCCGAAAACGCCCCGUUCGUAAACAUUUCGGAAAGCGAUCCUCCAGUACCCAGUGCAGUACUAGUAGCGCAUAAAAAUGAAGCUGACAUGAAUCAUGGACAGCUAGCCUGCCUGGCUAGCUGGGCGGCCGACCACAAACUGACUGGCGAGUGGCGAGUAGGCAGAUAAUAUUACCGGUAUGCCUUUAUCACUCUCUUAGUAUUGACUCCCAUUGAUUUUCGAUACCUAAGAAGUCAAAUAUUCCUGCAUAUUUCACUCCUUAGGGCUAUAUUGACUGCUUAUAUUUGACUGCUUAGGGGUUGCGCAGUUGAACGGUGCCUAGUGCAGCAUUGUCACUGCAUGAGUAGGUGGUGGUGCAACAGUUGUUCAAUCAUAAAACCGGGAUUCAUGAGGUUGUCGUUCUGGAAUUUGAAAUACGGACUGUUUGUCGUGAUAAAUCUAAUAUUGACUUCGUACUUGGUCAGUAUAGGAAAUAAAAAUCUCGUAAAAGACCUCGGCUUCGCCUCGGGCUUUUACUCGGCUUUUAUUUCCUAUAUUGACCUCGUACUCAGUCAAUAUUAGAUACGUAUUCUGUUGACAUCAUCAAACAAGGCAAACCAACAAUACAAGGAACGUAACCAUGGAAACUGUUGGUUGCUCCCUAGACUGAAUAUCGUGCUAUCCACUGAGUCUGUCAGUGUCAGUGAAUUGUCAGUGACUCGGCUUGACACUCGACACCAGUUGACGGCUUGACGACUGUCAUCCAGGGCACACGCCAUACCCAUUGAGCCUUCGACCGGCAAACGUGCAAGAAAGCACCAGUCCCUGUUCAAUGCACAGUGUUUCGUGGAAUUUAUCUCUCAUCAGUUGAGCUUGAGAAAUACUGCGCUUGAAGAGCACCACUUUCAUCGUGCUCUCCAGGCCAUAACAUCAAGCGUUCAGAGCAUGCAUGGAGACAGAAACGUUAGUCGAGGUAUUCCCCGUAAUGGGAUGAUGCCAAUAACGUCAGGACUUGAGCUGGACCCUCCACUUUUGCUGGGACCAGAGAAACAUCGAAGUAUGUGAACGCUCGGAGCAGAAUAGCGAAUUGCUGGCAAGCUAACACAAGUCCAGAGCAUGCACUGAGGAAGUAACGUUAGUUGAGGUAUUCCCCGUAAUGCAACAGGCGUGGGAGUGCGAACUGCUAGCACAUAAUCCAUUCACUGGCGGAUGCGACAGAGUUCCGUAUAGCUGGACUGGAGUGUAAUACAGUCUGAAGGGCAGGGCACUCUCAUAAAAGUAUUGAUCCUGCCAGCGGAUCAACAAGGACCAAUCCUCCGGGCGGACGGGAAUUCGGCAGAAUGCACUUUUAACAUUGAGCUUAGCAAGAUACACCGGUGCGAGCACAAUUGUGGAGGAAAUUGUUUGGGAACGCAUGUUCCGCAAGUUGCAUGCUCGAAAGUCGAAAACAGCAAUGACAUGCUAGAGACAUUGUACAGGAUCUUGGAGGGCGCAUGACCAUGUGACUCGCGCAUGCGUGCAGGUCGGGCCAGCUCGCUGGGCUGCCUGCUAACUUGCGUUAGCAUGCUAACGCUCAUUAUGGUUUAGAUCGCAUUAUUGUAAUGGUCGCGGUUUGAUUUCAAAAGACCAUAGAAAGUGCGGAUGGCAACCAACAGGCUCAAGGCUGUGUUGGGACUUCGUGUGCGCGACCCGAGUCAAUUGUUUACUCACCAUGACUAGGCAUCGCAUUGAGCAUCGUAUGACCACUACUAUAUGUCACUAUUCUUAGUCGCACCGGGGGGCGCAUGCCCGUUUUCAGGAGACUUAUCAAAACACAUAAGCCCUGUGCCCUGAAGGUUAGGCCUAUUGUUAGUCUGAAUAGUCUUGGCUCCUAUCCCGCUAAGUUCAUUGACUUUCUACUGAACCUGUAUGUACGUGAGGAAAGUACUGUUCUGGCCUGAGCUACGGAUUUCAUCAACUUGGUAGAAGGUUUGUCUGUGCGGGACGAUCAUUUAUUUUUGAGUAUAGAUGUGACCAGCCUUAACACCAACAUCCCCAACGAGCUCGGUCACGUGGCAUUGUCGUGGUAUAUCACACACAGGUAUACAAGGUGGAUGCCCCGGCCCUUCGUACACGGUUAACAACAGCAUUGACUUCCUUGAUGUCAGUCAUUCGGAAGACUAACGAGUUCGUGUAUGAUAACGAUUUGUUUCCGCAGAUCCAAGGGACUGCUAUGGGUUCGCCCGCAGCAGUGGUCUAUGCCGACAUUGUUAUGCUGUAUUUGGAGAAUCGGUAAAUUUUGCCGAUCUUAGAGGGGGAGCCUCCGAGGGGUUAGAGGUUCAGGUUUAUAGACGCUUUAUCACAUUUUUGUUUCAUUGCAUGGUUGCGAAGGUCAAGUUCAGCGCGCUUUAGACAGGAUUAAUAGGUGUUCGGCCCUCGAGUUUGCGCAUGAACUGGCACAUGAUGACAUUGAUUUCCUGGACACCACAGUUUUCCGUAGUAAGAGAUACAUGGCGGUGAAGCCUCAUUUCAAGGUCACCAAUCGUUUCCUGUAUCUGCUUGCCGGUAGUGACCACCCCCGUAGUAUGGGUAAAGGUGUGUUCACUGGGGAGUUGAUCCGUAUCCGUCGGUCUUCGACCCUUCACCACCACUACGAAGCUGCUGCUGAGCAGCCGAAGCAGGCUUUCCGGGCCCGUGUAUACAAGAGCUCCAUCUUUCAUCUUUCAGACCGUACACCAGGCAUGCAAGGCCGGGCCGCCCCACUUUUUUGGCCGUUUUUUUGUUCUUGUUUUUUUAGCACACUGCAACAAGGCGCGAUGAUCGCAGCUCAGCUCAAACGUGGCAAAUAAUGAAGAAUCAUUGUCCCAGAUCACCGAUCCCGUCCCCGAUCCCCGAUCCCCAUCCCCGAUCCCCGUGGUUUGUUACAAAGUAAAAGAGUCUUUCAUUGUAGUUACACUGAAAUGGCACAAAAUGCCCGGAAAUGCUUGCAAUUGGCUUCAAUUUUUGACAUUUUUACCGCGGAGGGCCCCCGGACUCCCUUGCAGGGCCGCCCUACCUCCAAAGUCGGUGCGACGGGCCUGGCAUGGAUGCGCAGGGAAGGUAUGUUGGUCAGAUUGGCAUGGGUUUGGGUUAUUUCUGUAGUUGUAUACAGUGUUCCUCAUUGUAUUUACCUUGGGCCGGCCUGCUGUCCUUCGCCCAUUGGUCUUGAGGUCCAGGUGUAAUACCCCUACCAUACAGUCCGGUGGCCAGCGCGGCCCGGCAAAUUGUUGUUACAAGGUGGAACAUCGGCAAGAGAUUGCUUGUUCGUUUGCCUCAUGCUCAGUGUCCUCAGGGAGUUGGUAUUUUGCUUCUGUUUGGAUUUUGCAGUGUCUAUGGUGUCCGUAAUUGAGUUUUUGUUCUGUGUCCUUUUCUGUGGUGUGUGGUCAUUGUUCACACAUCUUUAUUUGACUUGCUUCCUGGUGUGGUGUAUCCUUUUGUUUUAUCAUUGGUGCUGGCCUGGCUGUAGAGUUCUUGCAUCCGUAGCUGCCUCAGGGGUGCCACUUCUCCCAUCGGCGUCGACUAGUCCGUAGGAAAGGACCAACCAAACUGCAUCCAACCAUUGGUCUUGCCGAAAAAAAAUUAUGGCCAUUGCAUUCUUCUUACGGCAAAAACUUUAACUUGUUUGCUGGCUAAAGCUGAGUCUGGCAAUUACAUGUUAAAACUAGCAAUGUGCUGUCUGAACAAUAAAAAAAUUCAGACAGCACAUUGCUGCCCUGCCCUGCCCUGCCCUACCCUGGCCCCUGUAGGUAAGAACUGCACAGCGCUGUCAGCGCUGACAGCGCCUUUCAACGGCAAGGUGACCGGAAAAGGUGUCACGCCCGGCACUGGUCUCUUCUUCGCCUGCAAUGUACCCUACGUACUCCAGGGCAGCGUCGUGCGCUACUGCGACGUCUCCGGAACGUGGAGCGGCGUUCCUGCUACAUGCUCAAUCCCUGAUAUUCCCUGCAAGUACCACGAGUUCAAGUGCGGUGGCAGUGGUGGUUGCAUCUCGACCACCAAGGUCUGCGACGGUGUGUGGUAUGACUGCCCGGAUGGCUCCGACGAGAGCAACCGCACUAGCACACGCGGCACUGCAGCACCAGCAGACUCCACCAAAUGGCUACAUCCAGGGAGCCAGCAUGACCAGCUAUAGCAGCCAGAUUGCGUUUGGCUGCUACCAGCCAUACGUUCUCCAGGGACCUGCCACCCGCACCUGCCAGCUGAGUGGCAAGUGGGAUGGUGUACCACCUGUCUGCACAUUGGCUUCGCCUUACAAGAGUGGCUUCCAGCCAUGUCAUGAUGGUACCUGCCUGGCCUCAUCCAAGUUCUGCAAUGGCGUUUUCUUUGAGUGUCCCGACAACACAGACGAAUAUCAAUGCGGCACGACUGGACCCGGUGUGUGCACACCGCUAGCUAAACCGACCAAUGUCUACUCCCAAGGCACAAACUAUUCUGCUGGAGGCAGCGUCGUCUUCGGCUGCAAUUCCGGAUACAACCUGCAGGGAGGCAUUGUGCGCAUCUGCCAGAUUGACGGUUCCUGGAGUGGGGCAGCUGCCUCAUGUAAUCCCAUUCAACUGCAGUGUCAGUCUGGCUACCUGCCCUGCCUGCGUUCCAGUGGCUGUAUCCUGCCAUCACAGCGCUGCGAUGGUGUUUGGUACGACUGUGCUGAUGGCUCUGAGCAGUACUGCCCAGGCAAGGCCACACCAGCUCCAGGUCAAACCGACUGCCAGGUCCUGUCACAACCGGCACUGGGCUCAAUGACCGUGAACGGCUUGAUGUUCAGCAACACGACCACGUUUGUGUGCACAUCUCCCUACGUCCCCAUGGACUCGGCCGUGCGUACUUGUGAAAUCAACGGCCAGUGGAGCGGUGUGCAGCCAACUUGCGUCCUGACGACUGCUGCUCUGAGUGCGGCCAGUGACGAGCUAGUCAAGGACUCCAUCUCAGAACGCAUGACACAAACGUGUUAGCUCCCGCUCCAUGCCCAUUGUUGGAGCGACAGUCCUGGAAUCCAGAGUUGCAAGUGAGGUGGUGAUACGGCAAGCAGACGGUGGCAAAGUACGGCUUCAAAGCUCUACGUCUGGCAAGUGGCCGGCAUACCACCCCAAUGGACAUCGGAACAGUACAAGUAGAGUAGCAUCUCUACGUGACAGGGUAUGAGCGCAAGCCAGUAUUGCCAAGCACUGGGGACCUUUGGCAAUCUGAAGAAUGUUUUGUCCGAGAAUCGAUCCUUGGAUCUGUGGCGUUGCAAUUGUGGUGCUCCCGACCCUCUUGCGCGAUGGCGAGACUUGGCGAAAAGGUUCCAGACAUACGGCAUCUCAAUAUCUUCCACCACGAUCAGUACAUCAGCACUACCAUCGAGCGUAGCGACAUCAGCAAUAGAAGAUGCACAUGAUAUCAUUCCCCCUUAGCGAAGACCCGGGAAUACCUGAGAUGUUAGCCGCGACUUUACUGGAAAAGUCGUCGGUGACAACGGCACUCCGUAUUUUAGCUGCAUGCAGUUAGGUCUCUCAACAAGUGUACCCAAAGUUUUCAAGCUAAUACACAAGCAAAUUCACUAGGAUCCGAGUAUAUAUUCCUACACCUCUCCCUGUUGUUGUUAUUUCUGUAUUCAAAUUGUUUGUGUACCUGUACAUUUAUUACAGUAGAGCCACGAAUCCACGACUGUUGUUUCCAAGGGGUCAGGCUCGUCAGUUAUACAAAACCUCUCCCUGUUGUUGCUCCUAGUUUUCUUCUGCAUUCCGGUUCACAUCCGGCUGCGGCCUACUACCCUCACUCUGUGUGCUCCUGCCUCUGUUGUCUGGGUCCAUGUCGUUAUGUCGGUGUAUGUGGAGCGAGAAGCAGAGACUUGAGUCAAUUGACACUGCGUUUCUUUUUAAAUGGCUGUGGUGUUCCUAGAGGUAUACACGUACAUUCCUGGGUCCCACGUUCUGUGACGCCCGACUGUAUUCGUGGUAUUCGUGGUGCAUCAACACUUUUUUAAUUUUGUGCACUCAUGAAAACCUGCCUGAGGCUGCAGAGUGUUGACUGGUGUUUUGCUUAAAAAAACAUCAUGUCUCCCCAGAUUUUCUAGUCUGGCCCUGAA